AUGAUUGUGAAGAAUGGAACAGCCUGUAUCUGCAAGGAGAAACAGCUGAGAUUUCGGCACACGCUAUACAGCAUGGCCGAGGUAUUUAUAGUGUACUGGUAUGAAGGGGAAACAGUCGGGGUUGAUGACGGGGCAGCUGCAUGCAAUGCGUCAGAACAAUCCCCAACGAGUAAAGAUCGCUCUUGCUCGCUCGCUAACGGAUUAGCGCAAGAGAGCGGUAACGGUCAUGUCGUUUAA